CUACUAGUAAUAUGAAUCUUCACGCGCUCUCUUCAUAAAACCCCACUGCUCUCUCACGCUUCACUUUGCUCUCUCACCUUCCCCUUUUUUCACAUCCACCAAAAAUGGAUUCUCUCAUUCUCAUUUGUACCGCCCUUUUCGCCGGCGCAAUCUAUUUUUUCGUUUUCGGAUUUGGCUCCGCUGAGGUUAAGGGUAAACGCGGCGUCAACCUUUCUGGUGGUUCAAUCGACAAAGAAAAAGUCCAAGACAACUAUAAACAAUACUGGUCAUUUUUCCGCACCCCUAAAGAAAUCGAAAAAACCGAUAAAGUCCCUGCAUUUGUCGAUACUUUCUAUAAUCUUGUUACUGAUAUUUACGAAUGGGGUUGGGGUCAAUCUUUUCACUUUUCCCCUUCUCUCCCCGGUAAAUCUCAUCGUGAAGCCACGCGUGUUCAUGAAGAGAUGGCUGUCGAUCUGUUAGGCGUAAAGCCCGGAGCCCGCAUUCUUGAUGCGGGUUGUGGUGUGGGCGGGCCGAUGCGGGCUAUCGCGGCCCAUUCUAAAGCGAAUGUUGUUGGGAUUACUAUUAAUGAGUACCAAGUGAAACGAGCCCGGAUGCAUAAUAAAAAAGCCGGGCUCGAUUCACUCUGCGAGGUCGUUUGCGGGAAUUUCCUGCAAAUGCCCUUCGCAGACAAUAGCUUCGAUGGAGCUUAUUCCAUCGAAGCUACAUGUCAUGCUCCUAAACUUGAAGAAGUGUACAAGGAGAUCUACCGGGUCAUAAAACCCGGAUCUUUUUACGUUUCUUAUGAAUGGGUUACAACCGAAUUGUACCAACAUGAAGACCCGGAACAUGUGGAGAUUAUUCAUGGAAUUGAAAGGGGUGAUGCUUUACCAGGGUUGAGAAGUUACAAGGACAUUGCUGAAGUUGCUAAGAAAGUGGGUUUUGAAGUGGUGAAGGAAAAGGAUUUGGCAAAGCCACCUUCAAAUCCAUGGUGGACAAGGCUGAAAAUGGGAAGAAUUGCUUACUGGAGGAACCAUAUUUUGGUUACAAUUCUUGCUUUUCUUGGAAUAGCACCAAAAGGUACAGUUGAUGUUCACGAGAUGUUGUUUGUGACUGCUGAUUAUUUAUCUCAAGGUGGUGAAAAAGGGAUUUUCUCUCCAAUGCAUAUGAUCCUCUGCAGAAAACCUGAAGAGUAAAGGCCAAAAGUAUUGCUGUAGAGAUUGACCAUGGAGGUUAAUUUCGCUCUGUUGUCCCUUUUUUUUUUUUUUUUUUUGGAGAAUUUAAUUUAAUGUCGUUAUUUUACUUUUCUUUUUCUCCUUGUUUCUAGCUUGAAUAUUUGGCUUAUGAUCUCUUUCUUUUUGCUACCGUUUCAACCUAAAAACUAGAAAGGAUCCAUCUUUAAUUGUUAA